CGUUCAUUCAAACUGCGCGACACUAGUUCACAUACAAAUUCAUAAUUCCAGAGGAGUAUACGCAAUACCUGUGCCCUACCCCAUGUUCUUGUCAACUUGAACUUGAGGAUGCAAUGUAUGGAUCCUUCAAUAGAUGCAUAAUUCGUCUCCCCCUUGGCACCUGCAUCCCCAGACUCCAGUCUUCCUUCCCGACGUCGACUUCCCCAACCCACCUCACUCCACACGACCACGAGGCACGUCCACGAUCCUCUGCUCCAACUUCUGAGAAUGCCGCACUGGUUUCCCGCAGCUGGCAGCGCGAGCUUCGCCACACGCGUGUCAUCCAUCGCAUCGCCCAUCAUGGCUAUUAAACAGGUUCCGCCCAGCUGGGCUGGCCCAUGGCCUCUCUACAGCAGCUGCAGCGGCGACAGAUGCUCUCCCUUGCUUGAUCAUGGCCGGCCAGACCCUUCUCCUCGAGAACGAUGCCGUGCGCGUCGGCAUCAAGAUCACCGCUGACGGCACCGCCCACCUCGACUUCCUCCUCCCUGCUGGCCAGGACCCUCAGCCUGCCGUGUCCAAGCACUUCAAGGACGCCUCCCUCCCACUCGUGGAGCUCCAGCUCUCGGGCGAGGGCAACGCAAGCCGGAAAAGUUCCAAGGCACUCAUAGGCUCGUACAUUGGCUCACGCCUCCAGUACGUCUCGCACAAGGAAUCAACCGACAAGGGUAAAAAGUCAAAGACGCUCCAUGUCGAGCUGCACGACGAGAAGACCAAAGUCUCCGUCGUCAGCCACCUCACCAUCUUUGACAAUCUCAGCUUUCUGAGGUCCCAAGUCACCGUGCGCAACGACUCCCCAGCCAACGUCGUCGUCUACCAGAACGACUACGAGUUCGCGUAUGCCAACAACACGUGGGUGCGCGAGGCCCAGUGGGUGACGCGCAGCCUUCCUGACAUUGGCGUUGACACGUACGGCAUUUACGGCAUUGAUAUGCCAGAGGGCAUCGAUACGCCCCAGGCGUCCCUGUCCAGCCACGCCAUCAGCAACCACAGCACAUUUAGCACCCAGCGCUACCUGCCCAUGGGCAUGCUCAAGAAGAAGGAUCGCUCCGAGACGUGGCUGUGGCAGGUGGAGAACAAUGGCAGCUGGAUGUACGAGAUUGGCGACUACAGAGACAACAUCUACAUUGCCGCGUCUGGCCCGACCAACAACGACCAUGACUUUAGGGAAUGUCUCGCCCCUGGCAAGUCGUUCACGAGCGUGCCCGUUUCCAUCUGCCACAUCCAGGGUGACGAGCAGGCCGCGUUUGGCGCUCUCACCCAGUACCGCCGUCACACCCGCCGCAAGCACGUCGACAAUCGCGACCUCCCUCUCAUCUUCAACGAAUACAUGAACUGCCUCUUUGGCGACAGCUCAGACGAGAAAAUCCUCGCGCUCAUCGGCCCCGCCGCCAAGGCCGGGGCAGAGUACUUUGUCAUUGACUGCGGCUGGUACGCCGAUGACAGCAACUGGUGGGACGAUGUCGGCGAGUGGCAGCCCUCCAAGCGCCGCUUCCCCAUGGGGUUCCAGAACCUGCUCUCCAAGAUCCGCGACGCGGGCAUGAAGCCCGGCCUGUGGCUCGAGCCCGAGGUGAUUGGCGUCCGCAGCGCCAUGGCCGACCGUCUGCCGCGCGAGUGCUUCUUUCAGCGCGACGGCAAGCGCAUCGUGGAGAAGGGUCGGUACCAGCUCGACUUCCGCCACCCGGACACGCGCAAGCACCUCGACGAGGUGGUCGACCGCUGCGUCAACGAAUACGGCGCCGGGUACUUCAAGUUCGACUACAACAUCGAGGUCACGCAGGGCACAGACAUCGCCACCCACAGCUCGGGGGCAGGCCAGCUCGAGCACAACCGCGCGUACCUCGCGUGGGUGAACACGCUGUUUGAUCGCCACCCUGAUCUCGUUAUUGAGAGCUGCUCAAGCGGCGCACAGCGCAUGGAUUACGCCCUGCUCAACGUGCAUCCCCUGCAGUCGACCAGUGACCAGAUGGACCCCGUGCUCUACGCCGCCAUAUCCACCAACAUCCCGACGGCCGUCACACCCGAGCAGGGCGCCACCUGGGCCUACCCGCAGGGCGACUGGUCCGACGAGAUCAACGCCUUGACCGUUGUGAACAGUCUGCUCGGCCGCAUCCACCUCAGCGGUCGGCUCGACAUUAUGAAGCAGCCGCAGCUCGACAUCAUCACAGAGGGCAUGGACGUCUACAAGCAGAUACGCGCCGACAUUCCUGAUGCCCUUCCCUUUUGGCCGCUGGGCAUGGGCACAUGGCACGCCGACUGGCUCUCGCUCGGUCUGAACGCCGGGCCCGGUAAGGGCACGUACUACCUGUCCGUGUGGCGUCGCGGGGGUUCGACCAAGUGUGCGCUGCCGGUAGAAGCACUCAGGGGAAAGAAGGGAGUCGGGGUGCAGGUGCUCUACCCCAAGAGGUUCGAGGCCAAGGUUAGCUGGAACAAUGACACGUCGGCGGUGGACGUGGAGCUGCCGAAUACAGUGUGCGCACGGCUGAUCAAGCUGACGGUCUGA